UCGUUUUGAUAAUAUUUACCAUCCGUGUACAGCACAUGCAGAGAAAAAUUUAUCUCGUGAAUUUCGCUCUUGGCUCGCUAAGGAAUUCGCUUCUACAAAAGCAAUGAAUAUCGAACAGCUUCUAGAAGCUGCUAAAAUCAUCGAACAAAGAGAUGAAGCGAAGAAGCAGAGUCAGGCGUCUGUCAAACGCGAUAGAAAGCCAACGAAGCGCUCACCGAGCUACAGCCGUACGACACAUAACCAGUUAGAGAAAAACCGACGGGCCCAUCUUAGGGACUGCCUUGAACUACUUAAAGAAUUAGUCCCUUCGCCACCUGAACAUCAAAAAGCCACAACGCUAGCGUUACUGCAGAGUGCUCAGCAAUAUAUACAGGUUUUACAAGUGACUGAGAAAGAAGCUAUUGAUACCAAGAGAAAGCUUGCUCAAGAGAGGAAUGACCUUCAAAAAAGGUUAGCCCUCCUUCGCGGUGACAAGGCAGUCCCUGGAAUGAAGAGGCCGCGGCACUCUGAAGGUGAUUCCUCCACCAGUAGCGAGGAAAUUGAUGUUGAAAAUGAUGAGGAAGCUGGUUAUGCCAGCAGUGAGUCAGAUGAUCGUUUUAGUACCGGGAGCAGUGUUGGAAGUGACGGGGGUUUAACUGCAAACUCAAGGAGAGUUAAAUUACAGGCAUGAUAUUCAAUGAUCGUAUCAAUUCAUGUCUCCUAGAAUCCUGUUUUAGUUGGUGUUUCACACCUAGGUGCUUUUAGUGGUUUACAAAAUAAUCCAUUUGGGAAUUCAGCUGGGUAUGAUAUUGGAAGGGGGCGGGGGGGGGGACAGUGCAAAUGUGGUAAGACAGAUACACAAAAGCUGAGAUUAAUUGUGUAUAAACUAGGUUGGAUGAUGGUGUUGUUAAUGAUCUUGCUUUUUGUGCAAGAUAAACCAUACUGUCAUGACAUUUUAGCUCUGAAAUUAGGUCAAAUCUUUGCCUUUAUAACUUUCUGAUAGUUGCAGCUUUGCAUGUUCAAAAGCUUCCUUUCUGAAGACUUCCUUUCCUUUGCAAUUUGUAUCAAACAUUCUUUUUGGCUUUCAACUGGUGCUGAGCUCACAGACAGCUUUAGGUAAUGAGAGGGAGUUCAAUGUAGAAUGGUUACAGCACCAAAUCUCUCUAUUCAAUUGACAACCAUCUCAUUUCUAAACAUGGGAUGUCAAACAUUUCAGCAUAGAAUAAUUUAUGGUCUACAAGAUGUAAAUAGGAAAAUUGAGUAAGAGGUGAUCUGAUCCAACCAUACAUCAACCAUUGAUCCAAAGGAGAACUACAGUAUACUACUAUCAAAUUAUUUCCUAAUCAUCACCGUAACUGGUAAAUUAUUAUUCAAGUAUGAUGGGUGCUUUCUGCUCAAAAUUCUAGCUGAUGAGUUGUUUGCGUUAUCUUCAAGACCAGCUGCCUCAAAACUAGGUCAAAUUGUGAAAAGUAGGGCAAGAUAGUAAUUAUUGACGCAGCUUGUAACUUAUGAAAACUGGUAAAAUGUCUAUGCUAGAGUUUCGGGUUAACUUCCAAGCAAUGCUGAGGGUGGCAAAAUGACCAAACUUGUUUUAUGUACUUGUUAGUUCCUCCUUUUGUUUUGUGGUGAGUAGAUUUGUAAAACCUUAAUACUUGGCAAAAUCACAAGUUUGUGUAUUCCCUUAUUUGCCUCAGUUGAGGUGACAUAAAAAUUCAAGGCAGACAUCCCACAAUGCAACUUUCUUGCAUUUUUGAGCUGUUGCUAACUGUCAGACAUCCCCUCAUCUGGUAAGAUGUUUUUGCAAUUGUCUCGACUUGUGUUCAGGAAUGCACAGCCUUGUGGGUGCAAGAUACCCUUCUUUCUGAAGGGUUCUCAAUUGCCUUGAAUGUUGCUAUUUCUCAGUUCAAACUUGUUGCCAAAAAAAAUCCCUUAUAAUAAUAUUCUGUAGAUAAUUGUAAAUUUUUACUCUCUCCUGUAAAUUCUCCAGGGUUAAUUAUCAAAUAUUAUAUAUUAAAUAAGUAUCUCUAUUUAUGAUGUGGGGUCUUGGAGAGCCUAAAGGCAGAUGUGAGAUGCUCAUGUCUAGUAUACAAUCACUUUUCCGUCUGUGUAACUAAUAAUCUUGGAUGGUGGUUCUUGUAUUUUUAAUGUGAUCUGUAUAUAAUGUGUAUUUUUGAACCAAGAAAAGUGUACCUAAAAUGACAUUUUUAUAAAUUAUUAUUGGCAGAGUUUUAAGGAAUAAUAAAGCAUGUUUUGAACAUCUUUAA